UGUGUCUCCCGAAAUAACCGGUUACUGUGCAGUUAGCUCUCCGGCCGUCAUGAUGUAGAGCAUGGAAUAACAUUUUAUGGCUCCUUUCAAAACAAUUGGGAUGUUUGCGAUGCCGCUGAAGCCAGUCGACAAUGAUGCAUGAGACAGGGCUUCGAAGGCUCCUCCCUGACCAGUUAUCGGGGAGUGGGCACACUUUUGGCACCACGCGCCACCCAAGCAUCAAUGACCCCAUCCUAUCGAAGAGGGUCUGCUUCUACAAAAGUGGGGAUCCGCAGUUCAGUGGCCUGCGCCUGGUCAUCAACAGUCGCACCUUUAAAACCUUCGACGCACUCCUGGACAGUCUUUCUAAAAAGGUUCCCCUGCCAUUUGGUGUUAGGAAUAUUACGACUCCUCGGGGGGUUCACGCAAUCUGCACACUGGAUGAACUUGAGGAUGGAAAAUCCUACAUCUGCUCCGACAGCCGUAGAGUAAAACCCAUCAAUCUGGCCCUGGCCAGGAAAAAGCUGCCACCCUGGUACAAUGCCAGACCCGUUACUUCUCAUCGUCGCCGGACUGUGCGGCAAGCCGCGUUUUUCCCGGGCUGGAGCAUCCACAAGCAGAAGCCGGUGGUCGUGCGCACGCCCAAGAAACUGCUGGUUUUCCGCAAUGGGGACCCCACUGUAAGACACACUGUGGUGCUUCACAAAAAGACUACGCCGAGCUAUGAGUCUAUCCUGGAGUACAUCUCAGAGCUGAUGCAGUUCCACGUGGUGAAAUUAUACACUCCAGAGGGCAGACGUGUUGACGGUCUUCCAGGUCUGAUAUUGUGCUCUGGGACUGUAGUGGCCGUAGGCAGGGAGCCUUUCAGACCUGCAACCUACAGUGCAGAGACAUCGCCAGCUCCCAAAUGGCUGCAUACAAACCGAAUGGGUCUCAAGAGACAAAAGGAUAUGAAUCGUAAAAAGAAGUCACUAUCAUUUUCGUCAAAGUCAAGGAAUUUCUCCCCGUCAUCUGAGAGGUUCAUUGUCAAUCAGAUUCACAACACCAUCGCGGGGAGUUUAUGUGACGUACCCUGUGACCUCAGUAACUCAGCUGAGUUGGAGUCCCGUCGUAUACUGGAGUCAGUAGCAGAAACAGAAGGUGGCGCCGGCUUUUGCGAUGGAGAUGAAAGGCGGAGCACGACGCUGCCGAAUGAGGACGACAUCGAGAAGUCCUUUCGGGUUAAUCAGGACGGCAGCAUGACGGUUGAGAUGAAAGUACGGCUGACACUUAAAGAGGAGGAAACCAUCCAUUGGACGACCACCUUGACACGCUCAAGUGUAGCCAAUCAGCUUAAUGCGACCUGCUUACCGGAGCUUGAGGCAGGGCAGGAGAUCUGUUCACCUGAAUCAAACUCACUGGAUCUACAAAGCCCUGCUGCGUCCAUUGACUUCAACAAGGACAAAACCAGAGACGACAAUGAUGAUGAUCCACCAUCGCUGGGCAAUGGAGCUUUCAGUGAAAGUGGUAAUGAAGAGGAUGAUAUCAAAAACCAUUCAGAUGUGUUGUCUCCAAGGAGAGCUCCAACCCCUGGACACAAACAACUGACCAACAAUGAGCAGAGCAGCACUAAGCCAGUACCCAAACCAAGGAGAUUUGAAUCUACAGAGAGCAGCAGCAGGAACAUCUCUUCAUUCAAGUCAGCAGAAAUGACGGAAUUUUUGCAGAUUGAAUCCAGUGGAGAGGAGAUCGCUGAAACAGUCGUACACAUUUACGAACAGCAGACUUGUCAAGACAAUUUCCUCGCCAACGUUUGUGCACACAGCAUGUCUGCUUCUGGAAUUACUUUUGGAAGGCCAGCUACUUCAGAGACUGGUCAUCUCUCCUCAAACAAUGAAUUUGACACAGAGCACUGGAGGCCAUCAACUGCCUCUGAGUCCAUUAGUAUCUGGAGGACAGAGAGCAUGUCAUUAACAUCGGAUUUAAACUUGCCACCGAUGAAAACUGGUGCACUUCAAACAACUACUAGAAAAUUCCAAGCGAAGCCCCAGCAAAUAAACCUCAGUAAACACGGGAUGGUCUCCUCAAAACCCAAGGCGGUUAAACAUCUCGGCAAAAAGCAAGAGGUGAUUUCUGGGGGAGCAACCAAGACUCCAAAGAAAGCAAAAACUUUCUCCAGCGCUGGGUUCCUUAAGAGAAUAUAUGGAAACAAAUCCAAAUCAACUAAAAGUAUUAAAAAGCUUAAAAAAAGACCAACUCAAAAUGGGGAUGGGGGUGUUACAAAACACAGAUUAGAACAAUCAGAUGACACAACACAUAGCAUGGUCAAAAACCCAAAUAUACCAUCAGCACUGACAGAGCAUAUGAGCGAAAGAGUUUCUUUUGAAACAAGCAGGAUGAGUGUUUCUCCCAGUGGGUUUAGCCAACCACGGGGAAUACUGACACGGCAGACGUCAAUGCAUACGGAAAAAAAGGGCAAACAUGAGUCCUAUGUUACCAAUAAAUACAUAGAGAACUGGCUGGAGCAAGCCCACUUCAACCCUAAAACUGAAAACAGCAGGUGUGGAGAUUCUGAAAAUAAGCAAGAAGUUAAGUGUUGGGAGGAAACAUCAAAAAUCGAAACAUGCCAAGCCUCCGAACCACCACCAGAAGCUUUGUUGACAACAACUGUCAAACUGAGAGUCCGGUCUUUUGAAAGUCAAUCAUCAUCAAGUCAGUCAGCGGAGACCGCCUGUCAGCCAGUUGCUCAUAAUGGCAACAGUAAGAUAUUAGCUCCAAGAAAUAUAGAAGAAAUGAAUCCUCUCUCAAAUGGUAUCUGUCCCAAAAUAAUUCCACCAACUAAGACUUCUACAGAAAUGCCAUCAGGUGGGGAAGUUAAAAAUAAAUCAACCCCAGUCAAAAUCUUGUUUCAAAAGGCAACACCUUCCAAUACACUUUCAAUGGAGAUGGAGCUACCACUACCUCCACCACCUGCUGAAAACACAGAGCUACCAAACCCAGAAUACUGCAUGGAUGUAAUGUCAUUGGCAAGCAGCCCAUCAUAUAGAAUCUCAUCACUGACCGGUCAAGAAACAGAUAAUAAUGUAUCCGUCAGUCCUACAUCAGACAAAACUAUGUCACCAACUGAAGACACAAAGGGAGUAACAUCUGUUCACACUGACAUUCCUUCUACGCUGAAUGAGGCACCAUUAUCAAGAAUUCCAUCCAUUAAAAGGGCCCCUUUGGUCAGUAAUCUGUCUCUUGAAAGGAAAAUGUCUCUCAGAAAGGCCUGUGUGGAUGAAUAUACUUUAAGUAAUGAUGCCACUUCAGAGUUGAAGACAUUAUCUACUCCUAUGAACAGUGUUGCUGAUGUUGUGCCAGCGAAUUCACCACGACCCAUCAAAGCAGAACCAGAAGAGACACAGGAAUCAGUCUUAGAUCCUAUCAGCAAGAAGUUAUGUUGUACUUCUGUAUCCCCUACUAGUUUAACAUCUGAGGAGAGAGUGUCAUCAGCAAGCAUUUCAUCAAGCGAAGCUUCAAUGCCAAGCGAUCUCCCACUUAAAGACGUGAAAAUCAGUAAAACACCAUUUUUAACUCAAAAAGAGGCAUCGUCGCCUAAAACUGUUGUGAAAAAAGCAAAGCUAAUCAGCAGUCCAUCUCCAGAGAGGAAAUUUAGUAACAAGAAAAUUUCUUUUGACCUCCCAAAUAGCUCUCCGAAGUUAUCAUCAGUGCAUACACACUCUCCGGAUAAAACAAUAUCUCCAAAUUUUGGAAAACAAAAAAAUGCAACACCAAAUGCUAGCCCUUCUACUGAGAGAAAGCACGGGCUCUAUAAACCAAAACUGCAAAAGACACCAUCUCCAUAUUCUCACUCUCUGGACAUGGCGUCACCACCUGUCAGACACAAGUCAAAUAGAAAGCCGCUCUCCAGAAACCUCUCCACAGACAACCCAUCGGAGCUGACAAAUAAAACACAAAGGACAACACCAUCACAAAAUAGAAUUCACCAAACACAGCCGGUAAAAACGACAUCUGAACCGGGGAAAACGUUGGCCUCUGACACUUUAAUGCCUUUGGAAGCUGAUGAAAGUAAUGAAAAUAAGGUUGUAGGAGCAGAUCAACACAAGUCCAUCACAUAUAUGCAAACAAUACCACAGCCAUUAAACGAUGCAAACCAGCCCAACAUGAAACCUGUUCUUGAGAAGAUUUGCUACUCAAUCAAGUCAAUCAGACAAAUAACUCAGAACAAACGGCCAUCAUGUCUGGAGAGGUCCAACAGCUUACCCGACUUCUCCUCUCAUGUGGCUUCAACGUUUGGCUCCUCAUCUAAAGCUCUUCUUGCUUUCUUGUCAGUCAUGACCCUAAAGGAAGGCCUAACUUCCUUAAAUAUGAAUGAACUGAAUGCAAACAAUGUCAGCUGUGCAGAGGCUUUGAAAAUGAUCGAUUCUCUCAGAGAAAUUGCGUGCAUUGAGGAUUCCCACAAGCUGAAAACUAGCUUGUCAGAUUUGCAACAAUCAGCCUCGAAACAGCUUCUGCAAAGUUGGAAGGGCUUUCAGGAACUCAGUGACAGGUGCAAAAGUCGAAGCUCAUUGUCUGACAGUUCAGAGCAAGAACUCAAUACCAAGGCGGGUUCAGACUGUGGCAUUGAAGAAAAUGUUAUUGAUGAGAUCAUGGAUGACCUUGAUGUACCGGAAAAGCUCAAGGAAGAAUUGGCUUCGUUUUCGGCGGCAGUCAUAAGUGACAAUGUAGAAAAGAGGUCUGCCAAGAUCACUGAUAGAAGUGAGCGGUCACCAGAAGAAAACAGUGGCGAAAACACAAAGCACUUCUCCAUAAACGAUAGUGUCAAUGUCCAGGAAGUUAUACAAGAUGAUAAAGCUGCUGGUGAUGUGAGGUCAAUAAUUAAAAAAUUCUCUGACGUGACGUCUAAACAGAAUGAAGCUGUGACCAAGUGUCAAAGAGGUACACCCAGUUAUAAACAAAUUCCAGAAGAAAGGCAGCUUUACACUACACUGCUUGAACAGGAGGAUGGAGAGAGCUUGCAGACAUGUAAGGAUGCAAUACAUCAAGACUGGGAACGUAGGCAGAGUGAGGACAGCUCGAGUAUCCCUGAGGAUGAGUGCAUCCAUGAUGAUAACGCAGCUUCACAGGAGGAAAGGCAGAAGAUGUCAAGUGCCAAUAAAGAUUUAGGACUAAAAGAGAAACAAUUUGCAUCCAGCUCAGAGGAAGGUCAUCAGCAUAGCUCAGAAGAGGAAGAACCUGAAGUAGCAUGGGAGGAGAGCGAAAAGAAGAGAGGUGACGGUGAAGACUUGUCAAUGUCUCAAAGUCUCUCCGAGGAAGAAAAGGACGACGGACCACGACCUAACUACUAUGUGGAAUUGAAUGUAAAAGGGGAGAAAAGUGUGUCCAACUCAGAGGAAGAGCAAUCAGAGGUUGAAAGUAAGGAGCCAUGCGACAAAGAUGACUCAUCAUGUCUGUCCGAGACUCAGAGACAAGUGACUCAAGCAUGCAGUAUGGGACUGAAUGUCAGCGUUGAUGAAAGCACAGGAAAUUCAGAUGCCGAUGAGCAAUGUUCAGAGGAAGAGCCACCAGAGGAUGAACGUAAGGAACUGCAAGCUAUUGUUGAGGAAAAUCUGUCUGGCGAUGACGGAGAACAGGACGACAUGGAGGAGGAACACCUUUCAGAUGAUGAGGGACAAAAUUGUAAAGGGUUUAGUGUUUUGACAGAGGAAGCAGGUGGAGAAAAGGUUAGCUCAGAAGAUGAAGACAUUCCUGCUGUACAACACGUAGCAGAAGGUUUUAGAUAUAAUGCAGAGGAAGAUAGUGGGAAUGAUCACAACAGCUGUGAAGAACACGUGGAUGAAGAGCAACCAAGGGUCGAACAUGCACACAUCAGCCUCUCAGUUGAAGAAGAUGAUUAUGAAAAAGAGACGAGCUCGGAAGAGGAGCGAUGCAACAACCAAAGGAGUCCACAAAUUCAGGAAUCUCCUGCUCUGGCAACACAGUCUACAGCCACCACAUGUGAAAAGUCUGUGGUGAAGCCAAAGCAUCAGUCUGAAGAAAUAAUAUCACAAACUGUCGCAGAGAGAAUACUUCUUCUUCAAAAACAAGUUGCUGACAUCCAGAAAAGAAAAGAUACAACGAAAAGUCCGACAAUAACACGUCUCUCACAAAGAGAUAACUCUUUAGAGUCAGAUGUGGAAGAUUCCCCUUCUGAUUCGCCUACAUCUCAGAUGGCCCCCAGCACCCAAUCGGCUCCUCAGUCGUCGCUGUCUUUCAGCUAUGACUCCAGCGGUGUUAUAACCAAAGAGCCUGAAGGCAGAGUCAGAUCCAUCAGGGAAAUGUUCUUAGCAAAGUCUGGCGCACAUGCCCAGCAAAGUCGUUUCCCGGGCCAAAGCACACCGCAGCUGUCCGAGCUAAGAGCCGAAACAUCAGUUAGUGGAGGGUAUCAGUCUCAGACUUCAAGCGAGCUGUCCAGUGGCGAAGAUGACACCGCACGGAAAUCCAUCACCAAAGGCUUUGUUAGGAGGGCAAUCGAAAGGCUUUAUGGCAAGAGAGACGCUUGUCCUGACGAGGAAUCCGGUGAAAGGCCUCCAUUGGAGCCAAAGCAGAAGAAAAAUGAACAUUCGAGCAUUUUCUCUCCAUUCCACGCGGCCCGAACCAAGGCAAUGUCUGAAUUUUCUUACUUCAGUUCCUCUAAUGCACUGGACACCUUAAGCGAAGCGACAAGAUGCAUCGCUUUUAAUGCACAAGUCGGGCCUGGGGACAGUGUUCCCAUUGAUAGUGGACGAUGGCUCCUCAGAGAGAACACAGUGAUCAGGAAGUCAGUCUCAGAUCCAGUAGGAAUAAACAAAGCCUUCACAGACGCUCCUCAUGGCGAAGAAAUAUGUAAGGACACAAAGGAGAACGUUCCAUAUUCUCUCUUCAGUACAAAUUCUGAAGUGGAAGACAAGGCCAAGACAUGUUCCAAAAAAUGCACUUACUUUUCUUUGCCCCACGCUAGCGAGUCAGACGUAUGUCAGGAUGACCUGAGCACAGGUAGCAAGAGCAGCAUGAAUGGUGACAGCAUCGUGGAAGCAAAGGACAACUCAGAGGACACCAAAACGUGGGUAGAGAGGAACGGCAUGCUGCCAAGCAUUCCCGACUUUAAGUUGACGGAUAACAAAGUGUACCCUCUUCCACCUGAUGGCGAGGUGGUGGUGCUGCAGCCUGGGAAAGGCCAAGGCGUAGUUAACAGAAGGAUCCAGGAACCUGAUGUGUUGGACAUACUGUACAAUUUCUGUGGUCAGCAUUGUCCCAUAUUGUAAGGCGAAUUAAGAAUCUGAAUAAGAGUCACUGUUGGGCUUCAGUAGAAUAUAUCUUCUUUGGUGCCUACAUUUUGACGUUGCCAUAGUCUUGGCGUAUAACACUAUCAACUCGUGAACUCACCGAAGCUGAAUGUGAGCUUGUGCUACCGUUGGUUGGUUUAAGCUCCGUGUUCAGUGUAAAAAUAGGGAACGUUUAUUUAAAAGACUUGAUUGUGUUUUUUGCCACGCACACUCCUGAGCAGCUCUUUUCUACUUAUAGGUUGCCUGUCAACACAGUAAGCACCCAGAGCAUUACGGUAAUCUCAUUUUAAACUUCUUUAAACCGAUCAAGUCCCCGCAGAUGUCAGGCAACAAGGCCAAUCCCGAACGCAACGAGGGUCAGUCCAUGACCACGGCUCAGUCAAAAAUGGUGCCGUUUGUUUUCUUCCAGUCAAAAAAGCAACACAGCAUGAACCAAUUUGUGUACCGAUUAAAGAAAUGAACAAUUAAUUAUGUUGUAUAAUGUAUAUCGGUUGUCUACAGUGUAAAUAAGUCAAUAAUCAUAUGUAAACACAUAUUUAACCUUUUAUUUAUCAUUAGAACAAACUGUUGUAUGGUUUACAAAGUGGCAGCUGUUUUUUGUCUUUUUAAAUUGAUGUGUAAGAAUAAAAGCGUGUGUUUACAACUGUUA